AUGCCCUUGAUCCAGUCACGCACCAACUCGGGCUUCUCAUCGCCACCUUUGGCGACGACGACGACUAGUCCCGGCGGCAGCAUGCCUCCGCGACCCGCCACCCGUAUCCUGUUCCUGGACGCCUACGACUCCUUCACGAACAACAUUGUGUCGCUGCUCCGCGAUGCGCUCGGCGCCGACGUGCAGGUGCACGUCCUCCACAUGGACCUGCGCACGCUGCACUCGGACCCGACGCCUGACUGGACGCCCGAGGAUUUCGAUGACCGGCUGGCCUCGUUUGACGCUGUCGUGUGCGGACCGGGCCCCGGGUCGCCGCUCUGUGCCGACGACGUGGGCGCGUUUCGUCGCCUAUGGGCCCUGCCGCGCCGCCGCGCCGUGCCCGUGUUUGGCAUCUGCCUGGGCUUCCAGAGUCUGGUCGAGCACUUUGGCGGGCGCGUCCGGAAGCUGAGACGGGGACUGCACGGCAUGGUGCGGCCCAUUGAGCACAAGGGCUUGGAGGGGACGGGCACAGCAGCGGGGGUAGGCUAUGCGGAUAUUUUUGAUGGUGUGCCCGCGUUCCAGGCGACACUAUACCACAGCUUAUGCGCGGAUAUCGGCCAGGAUCAUGUUUCGGAUGAGCAGUGGCCGGUGGCGAGGUGGCAGCCGCCUUCCAUGGCGCCCGAGUUGGUUCCCUUGGCGUGGGUGACGGAGCAGGAGAACGAUAAUGAGCGGGUUUUGAUGGGUGUCCGCCACGCCAGCCUGCCGUUCUGGGGCGUCCAGUGCCACCCCGAGUCCAUUUGCACAGAUUCCAUGGCUGUGCAUGGCAUUCUGCGCAACUGGUUCGACCAGGCGACGAAGUGGAACGAGAUCCAUGGCCGCAAGCGAAAGCCGUGGGUGCUACCGCUUGUACACUCGGCCAACCUCGAGUCGGCGGCGACAGGCGCCAGCUCGGCGACGCAGGGUCCCUCGGAGAGAGACUUGGCGGCCGCGCGGUGGUCCAAUGCCCUGCGCGCCGGCCUGGCUAGCCACGGCACGCAGCCCGGUUACGUCUGUCGACAGCUCACGCUUCCCGACGGUGUCGACGCGGCCGAUGUGAUGGACAUUCUGGGCUGCACCUCUGGCGAGACUAUACUCCUAGACUCGUCAAGCGCAAGGAAUGGCGACCCCAUGGCGCGAAACAGCAUCAUUGCGCUCAAUGUGGAUGAGGCUCUUCGGCUGAAAUACCACGUCCGCGAUGACUACGUUACGUUUCGUUGUCCGGCUUCCGAAGCUGGUGGCUCUCGUCCAGAGGAGGUGGUGGAAAUCUCGCUUGAUGGCACACAAGACGAUCCGAUGGCCGUCUACCAAAUCAUGUCCGAAUUCUGGAGGAUGCACAAGCUGAACGACGCUGACAACGACGGCCUGCCCACCUUCAAAGGCGGCUUCAUGGGAUUUGUCACGUAUGAAAAGGGUCUGAGCACCCUGAGCCCCGGCGCCGUGUCCGCCCACCGCGGCCAUCAUCGCCCCGAUCUAGUCAUGGCUUGGAUCACCAACAGCGUCGUGCUGGACCACAAGACCAGCACCGCCUAUGUGCAAAGUCUGACAACGGCGGACAACGACGGAAGCUGGGUCGACGACGCCGUGCAGAAGCUGCAGACUGCCAGACUAUGGCGCGAUCCCAGCUCACGGCCUCCCGUAAGCUGCCCUAAGGCGACCUUGACCCCCGAAGAGCUGUGGGACGAUGUGGCAGCCCGCGGCAGCGACCGCCUGGAGAUCAAGGUCCCCGACUCGGAAAAGUACGAGAACGACGUCCGACACUGCCAGUAUGCCAUCGAGGAAGGACACUCAUACGAACUGUGCCUGACGGCGCAGACCACCAUGACGAGACCACCCGUCCAACCCGAUAACAAGGAGCGCUCACCAUGGGAAAUGUACCGGACUCUGCGCAGCCGACAACCCGCCCCCUUUGGCUCCUUUAUCCGUCUCGGCGGCGCCACCAUCAUCAGCUGCUCCCCCGAGCGGUUCCUGUCCACCGACCGCGACGGCCUCUGCCGCAUGCGUCCGAUGAAGGGCACCGUCCGCAAGUCGGACGCCGUGGCCACGCUCGCCGACGCCGAGAAGAUUUUGCACGUGCCCAAGGAGGAGGCCGAGAACCUGAUGAUUGUCGACCUCGUGCGCCACGACCUCUACGGCGUCUGCGGCCCGCAAAAUGUCACAGUGCCGGAUCUACUGCAAGUGGAAGAGUACGCCACCGUGUUCCAGAUGGUGACGGCUGUCCACGGCCAGCUGCCGCUGCGCGGCGACGCCGCCGGUGCACUCAACGGCAUCGACGUGCUCGCGGCGACGCUCCCGCCCGGCAGCAUGACGGGCGCGCCCAAGAAACGCAGCUGCGAGCUGCUCCGUGUUAUCGAACCCGGCGAGCGCAGCGUCUACUCGGGCGUCAUUGGGUAUUUUGACGCGCAGGGCCAGGGCGACUGGAGCGUCACCAUCCGCACCAUGUUUUCCUGGGAUGAUGAGAGGGCGCCGCCCAGGGCCGCCAACGACGACGGCGGUGGCGAGACGGAGGAGCGCGAGGUAUGGCGAAUCGGCGCGGGCGGUGCCGUGACGAUUCUGAGCACGCCCGAAGGCGAGCGGGAGGAAAUGUUUACGAAGCUGUUUGGUCCGCUCGGCACAUUUAGAGACGCGGCAUAA